AUGGGAGAUCCCACCGGUCCGGCUGGCCUGGGUCCUCCUCCACAUGCUGCAUUCCAGCGGACGCUGCUCAACACAGUCGUUCGAUCUGUAACAUCCCUCGACCGUGACAUCUUGGAUGCCCCGGUAACUGCUACGGACUUGGCAGCCGCCAUCCACCACAUGCGCGCGACUUCGUCACCUGGGAUGGAUGGUAUGACGGCUGGUUUCUACCAGGUCGCUCCUGACGUUUUCGGAGACUGCCUUAGUAUCGACUUUAAAGAUCGUCUCCACCGCGGUACGCUCCUUCCGUCCCAGCGGAAGUCAGCAGUUGUUCUGCUUCACAAGAAAGGGUCGCGUGCGGCUCCUGGAAACUACCGCCCGAUUGCUCUUGUACAAGUCGAUGUGAAGAUACUGUCGAAAGCGCUUACAUAUCGCCUCCAACAGCUGAUUCCCGAUUUGAUCCACCCCUACCAGAAGGGAUUCGUCAAGGGACGAUCAAUUCAUCACCACGUGCGUUUUCUGGCAGAUCUUCAAGACCUAGUUACCGGCCGGAACGAUGAAGCGUACGCGAUGUUUCUGGAUUUCGAAAAAGCCUUCGAUCGAGUCAUCUGGGACUACAUGUUUCGUCUACUCGAGCGCAUGGGCUUUGGAACGACGUUUACGCGGUGGAUCCGGCUUCUUUACACGGACCCACGGGCCCAUCUGAUGAUCAAUCAGAACAUCCAACCGGCGCUCUUCCCGACGCGCGGAGUAAAGCAAGGGGAUCCGUUAUCAUUCCUUCUUUUUAUCUUGACCAUCGAGCCUCUUGGCAAUCUCCUCCGAAAACACGAGGGGUAUGGCGUCUGUCUGAAUGCAGAACACACUGCCACCGGCACAUUCUUCGCUGAUGACUCCACUCUCCUGAGCAGCUCAAUCGCGAACCUGCAGGACCAGCUGCUUCUUGUCCAAGACUACUGCCUGGGGUCCGGUGCUAAACUUAACUUACAAAAGUCUGUGCUGCUCGCGCUCAACCGGAACCACACGUGUCCACUUCUUCCCGCUAUGAGAGUUCACAGUCGGACGGAUACGGUGAAAUACCUUGGCAUUCCCUUUGGGCAGUCCUCAGUCGAUACCGUGAUCACCGACCUUCUUGAGCAGCGCUUCUAUGACGGCUUCAAAUUGUGGUACCGACGGGCUCGUAAGCUUCGGGGUCGUUUGCUGGUAGCCCAGACUAUGAUUCUUUCUCGCUUGUGGCACUACACUCAACAUGUGUCCAUUUCGACGAUAACUGUGCGGCGUUGGCAAUCGAUGCUUAAUCGGUUCGUGUUGAGUCGAAAACACCACCGCAAGUCAUCCCACAUUCUUCCCUGUGCUUUUCUCUGCCAGCGCUGCUGUGAAGGAGGGUUGGGAUUUCCUGACCUUGCUGCUCAUCUGAAGCGUCAGCGGCUCCAACUGCUUUUGCAUCUUAUCCGUGGAUUGGAGACGCCAUCGGUACGAGACUGGACGACAGCUAGCUCGGAGCUGACUCUGACGCUCAUCCCGUCCGCAGGUCGGCGGCACGCCUUGGACUUUCUCACCAUAUCCCCGUUGCGUCAUGGCGACAUCAUCAAAUGGGGACUGGCUUCUGCAUGGUGGAAGGCGGCGUGGAAGCUUUGGACUCUCUCCGGUGGCAGAUCACGUGAAACGACCUUCCUCCCGACGAACGCGCUUGGUGCGGACUCCAUCAACCCAUAUGGUUCCACGCGGACGUGGCUCUCCAUUUCGAGACAUCAUCACGAUCUGCCACCACUACCGCCCAUCGCCGCUGUCUCGGCAUGGUUGCCGAGCCACAACGGAGCUUUCGGCUGCACGUGUCCCGCGUCUAUGGUAUUCAGGCGCUGGCGAACUUCAUCCGUGCAGGUGAAUCUUGGCCGACGCAAGGGCUGUUUGUCCGUCGCCACAUCGACUUCUCCUAUGCGUCGGUGGCACCUUGGAGACAAAUUAUAUGGCUGCGCGCACUCUACAACGAAGCCACUCAAAUUUUGGACCGGCUUGAGGCGUUUGGGCUUGUUUUUCCUCCAAGGCUCGUCCGCCCGCGCCUUAUUCCCCAUCUAUGAUGUACGAGUGGGGGUCGUGUGUGCUUGGUUCCUACCAUUCCCCGGUCGGCGCGUCUCAGCGUGGUCUGGACACCGCCGAUACCGACACAGCACCAUCCGUUGUCGCUUUACUCACCUCGUUCGGGAGGCCUAG